GAAGAGACUGAGAAGAUGGCAAUGAUGGUAUUUUUGGCGGCUCUUCUUCCAGUUGUGCUAAUGAAUGUAUGCAGUCAGGAUGAAAAUGACUGUUCUGACGUCUAUAACUCAGGAGAAACAGUAAGCGACAUUUACUCCAUCUAUCCAGCAGGUGAUGUUCCUGUCUUGGUUUACUGUCAGAUGAUCUCAGAUGGGAACGAUGAAGAAAUCGGAGGAUGGACGGUGAUUCAGAGGAGAAUGGACGGCAGUGUGAAUUUCUAUCGGCCGUGGAAUCAGUACAAGAGAGGAUUUGGGAAUGUGGAGGGUGAAUACUGGCUGGGGCUGGAGAACAUGUACCAGCUGACACGUAAGAACAAGUACAUGCUGAGAGUGGAUCUGGAGGACUUUGAAGGAAAUAAAGUUUUCGCUCUGUACUCGUCCUUCUCUGUGGGUCCUGAAGAUGACGGGUAUAAACUACAAGUUUCAGGAUUCAAGGAUGGAGGAGCUGGCGACUCUUUAACUUUCCAUAAUGGAGAGAAAUUCACCACAUUAGACCAAGACCACGAUGUUUAUAAAGGUAACUGCGCCAAAGAUCGUCUCGGGGCAUUUUGGUACAAAAACUGUAUAAAAACAAACCCUAAUGGUGUGUAUUUAUGGGGAGUAAGUUCCGUCCAUUACGCUAUUGGAAAUGUUUGGUUAACAUGGAAGAAUAUUAGUGAGGGUAUGAAAUCCAUCAGCAUGAAUAUCAAAUGUGUGUCUUAGAAACAUUACUGCGCU